AUGUCGGAUAAUCGACCUCUCCCGCCAGGCUGGAUCAAGCAGUGGGACGACAACUACAAACAGUACCUUUACGUCGACACCCGCGCGACUCCUCCACGCUCGAUCUGGGUUCACCCUGACGAAGAGCGAGGCGCGAAGUCGACGCAGGCGUACGCCCCGCCGUCCGGUCCUCCGCCGCCUUCGAACGACGGAAGCAGGGCUUCGCCUUAUCCGUCUGUCGGCAAUGGCGGAGCGCAGUCAAACCCGCCGCCCUAUCAAUCAGCUCAAUCGCAGUCUCAGGGAGGGUAUGGUGGACCGCUGCAGCAGGGGUACGGAGGUGGAUACGGACAGCAAGGUCCACCCUACGGCGGCUAUCAGCAGCCUCCCCCUCAGCCAGGCUACGGCUAUCCGCAAGCGCAGCCGUACGGAGGCGCUCCCUACGGCGGCUACCCGCAGCAGCAGCCCAUGUACAUGCAGCAGCCGCAGUACGCACAGAGCGGCUCCCGCUUCGGCGGCGGCCGGAUGGGCGGAGGAAGCGGGAUGGGCAUGGGUCUCGCGGGAGCUGGAGUUGGUUUGCUCGGUGGAAUGGUCGCGAUGAACGCGAUUGACAAUAUGCAGGACAACGCGUACGAGGAUGGGUACCAAGAUGCGCAGGAUAACGGCGGAGGAUAUGAUGACGGAGGAGGCGACUUUGGCGAUGGCGGCGGAGACUUCUGA